ACCUCUAGGCCUUAUAAUUAAAUAUCUACUUUUGUUCACCCAUUUAGACCCCUAGGCCUUGUAAUUCAAUCCAUUACAAUUAAAAUCUAAAAAGAAUAAAAAGACUAUAUAUACCCUACAGAUAUUAAAAUAGGACAAAUUUUUCGAUAGGGCCUGCAUGAAGAUCAUAUACUGUUGGUGGAUCCAAUCACUAAUCUGAGCCAUUAAAUUAUAAGUUUGGUUAGGCAAUCUCACCAAAGGUCAAGAGAUAAUGAAGAAUGGUAGCCAGAUCAUUAGAUAUAUUGACAUUAGUCACCCUACCAAAACAAACAAUCAGAAUCAGAUCACAACCUUCUAUUUAUUUAUUUCCUUCCAUGUAGCUAAGAUUCUUGUUUGACCAUGGAUCCCAAUUUCUUUUCAAUGUGGAAUGCUUGCUUUUUUAUAUUUGUUACAGAUCAUCAGGAAACUGUUAGAACUCUUAUAAAUCUUCUUUAUUAUCUUUUCUUCCUGAUAGUGUUUCCUCUCUUAGGAUUUGUGCUUCAGUGUCUUGUGUCCUUUUAUGGUGGGUACUUCAAGUUCCAAGUCUUUGAAACUUUAACUGUAAAGACCAAUCGAUUCCCAUUUUAGAACUUAACCUUUCAAAACAGAAACCCAAUUCAGAAUUCUAGCCAUGAAAGCUUUUAGAGUCUUUCUGCAACUUCUUUUCUUUGCUUGUGUAAUUGCAGAAACCAGUUUCAUCUACAAUGGGUUUCACAAUGUAACUUUGAGCUUAUAUGGAGCAUCAUACAUUAAACCCGAUGGCAUCUUAUCAGUAAUCAGUAAUUCACCUAAGAACAUUGGCCAUGUAUUCUAUCCUUCUCCCCUGCAAUUGAAGCUUUCAAACCCCUCUUCUCCUACUGUCUCCUUUAGUACCACAUUUGUUUUCUCCAUUUCACCCAUGUAUCCAAAGAUUGGUGGCCAUGGACUAGCUUUUAUUCUCUCCUCCACUAAAGAUCUCCAAGACUGUCUACCUAACCAGUACCUAGGCCUUCCAAAUGAUGCAAGCAUUGCCAAGUCCUCAACCUGUCUGCUCGCAGUUGAGUUCGAUGUUGUUCGGAACAUCGAACUAAAUGACAUCAAUGAUAACCAUGUCGGCAUAGAUGUAAAUAGCUUGACUUCUAAUGUGUCUGUACCUGCAACUUUUUUCAGUGGGAGUGGUUCAAACAAAACCCAUUCAAUUGAUCUCAAAAGUGGAGCACCAGUUACAGCAUGGAUUGAGUACAGUAGCAAAGAGGAGUUGAUAAAUGUUGCAAUCUCUCCUUUUGGCAUUCCAAAGCCAGAGAGGCCUUUGAUUUCAUUCCCACUUGAUCUCUCAUCAGUCAUAAAUGAGUACAUGUAUGUAGGCUUUUCUUCUUCUACUGGUCUGCUUUUUGCAGCACAUGAUGUCCUAGGUUGGAGCUUCAGGAUUAAUGGGAGAGCUGAUGAUUUGGAUCCCUCAAAGCUCCCAUCUCUUGUGAAAGCCAAGGUGGUGGUGCGGCAUAGCAGAAAGGGCCUUGCAAUUGGGCUUAUUCUGGUUUCAUUCAGUCUGGUUCUGUUGAUGAUCUCAGGUGCAAUUCGGGUAGUUCGAUGGCCAAAGCAUGAAGACGACUUGUUAGAAGAUUGGGAAAUUGAGUAUGGAGCUUACAGAUUCGAAUACUCGGAGCUCCUCAAAGCAACAUGUGAAUUUGGAGAGAAAAACCUAAUUGGUAGAGGAGGAUUUGGAUGUGUUUACAAGGGUGUGAUUCCAAGUACAGGCCUUGAAGUGGCAAUCAAGAAGGUUGCUCAUGAUUCAAGACAGGGGAAGAAAGAAUUUCUUGCAGAGAUUAUUAGCAUGGGAAGGCUUAGGCACAGGAAUCUGGUUCAGCUACAUGGAUGGUGCAGAAGGAACAAUGAACUCCUCCUUAUUUAUGAUUAUGUUCCAAAUGGGAGUCUUGACAAGCUAUUAUUCCAUUCCCCAAAGGAAAUUCUAACUUGGGACCAGAGAUUCAAGAUCUUGAUUGGAGCUGGACAAGCCUUGUUGUAUCUCCAUGAAGAAUGUGACCAAAGAGUGCUUCAUAGGGAUGUGAAGUCAAGCAAUGUAUUAAUAGAUGCAGACCUGAAUGCCAAGCUUGGAGACUUUGGUCUUUCUAGAAUAUAUGAUCAUGGCAUCAAUCCUCAAACUACCUAUGUUGUUGGGACACUUGGGUACCUUGCACCAGAGCUCACUAGGACAGGGAAGGCCACAACAAGCACUGAUGUGUAUAGCUAUGGUGCUUUUAUGUUAGAGGUGGCUUGUGGGAGGAGACCUAUUGAGCCAGAGAAGAAUGAACAGGAGCUGGUUUUGGUGGAUUGGGUCAGUGAAUUACAUUCCCAAAGAGAUAUCUUAAGAGCCAUUGACCCCUUAUUGGACUUCUAUAACCCAGAGGAGGCAGAGCUUGUGCUUAGUCUUGGUUUGCUUUGUUCCCAUCCUCUUCCUCACUGCAGGCCUAAUAUGAGAAAGGUUGUGCAGUUCCUGUUAAGGGAUGCCAGUCUGCCUUCCCUGCCCCCUGAUCUCCAUCUUGAGCUUUCUGGUUUGGUUUCUGAAUCAUUGGAUGCUUACUUUAAUUUCUCUGAUCCUUUAGGUCACAGAAUGAACUAUUCAGAUAGUAUUUCUACUAGUGUCUUAAGCUUGGACAAGAAUGAUGUUGGACAGGCUUCUAGAGUAACUUUUUGAAGUGGAAGAAUUUGGUAAUGACAUUGAUUUCAA